CCCCCCGACCUGGCAGGCACGAUAAACAAUGUUGACGUGAGUCAACGGCGCUCCGCGAGCGGCGAGAGGACGGCGAGGGAGUAAGACGGCGUAGCGGCGCGAGCGAGACCGGCGAACGAUGUUGCUGGCCGCGCGGGUAAGAUAAGACCGUUGCUAAUCGCCAAGAACGCCGCCCCAGGAGCAAUGGACGAUGAACAGCCGGCGCGGGAGGCCAACAAGAUCUGCGGUGUCUGCGGCGACCGGGCGCUCGGCUACAACUUCAACGCCGUCUCCUGCGAGAGCUGCAAGGCCUUCUUCAGGAGGAACGCGUUGAAGAACAAGGACUUCAAAUGCCCCUUCACGGAAAACUGUAACAUCACAAACGUAACCAGACGAUUCUGCCAGAAAUGCCGCCUGGAUAAGUGCUUCAGCAUCGGCAUGCGCAAGGAGUACAUCAUGUCGGAGGAGGAUAAGGUCCUGAAGCGGAAGAAGAUCGAGAAGAACCGCGCGAAGAAGCGAACACAGCAGGACAACGGCAAGACGUUGAAAAUCAAAAAGGACUGCGUGAACGACUGUACGUUCGAGGACACGUCGAUGUCGGUCAAUUCGGUCGCGUCGACGAUAUCCGAGACGUACUUUUGGGAGUCCGACAGAAAGUACACGGACCUGGACAGCAAUAGGCAGAACGUCGUUGAGAGUAUGAGCCCGGUGACGGCGGCGAGCGUGCCGAGUCCCUCGAGUCCACCGGAGAACGCGAGCAUCGCCGAAACGAAGACGUUGGACAUGUUGAAGGAGUCCGUUCACGGUCCGCGGUCUAAUCUCGCCAGCCGCGCGAGAUUCACCGAUCUUAACGUGGCGCCUCAGAGCACGGCGGCGGACAAGAGCUCGCCCCCGAGCUUGGACAAGUACGAGCAGAGCUCGCUACAGUUCAGUCCCGAGUUUGUGGACGUCAAUCAGGAGCCGUCGAUCUACAAUCCUGUGUGCGAGGAGAACAACGCGCCCAGUUACUCGAAAUUCGAGCAUACUCGCGAACAGAGUUCCGCCGCGUAUGUUAAUCGGGCGUCGCACGGCGAGACGAGUCAGUCUGAUCUGAGCGCGUCGUCGCAGCUCGCGAAAGAGGAAACGUCGAUAUGCCAGAAGCCGAAGGAGAUGUGUUCGAGCGGGAGCAAUUUGGUUGCAAAGUUCAAGCAGGAUCCCAGCCUGCUGACAAAGUUCGUCAACAAUCCAAGCUUAAUCACCAAGAUAUUUCAAGAUCAGAGGGUAAUAAUGAAGAUUAUGACGGAUCCCGAUAUGGCCACGUGCCUGGCGGCGGAUCCGUAUAUCGCGCAAUUCUUGAAGGAAAACGACAUAAUCGAUACGGCGACCGUCGGGCGUGGCCGUAACGCCAAAACAAGAGUUCAGUCGAGAGAAGCGCCGAAGGAUAACGGCAGCCCGGGCGGCUCUAGAUACGUGCCCAAGUCCAAGGGGAGCCACGUGGAAAAUCCGAUCCUGACGGACUUGAUUACGAACCGUAACACGGAGGAGUGCAAGAAUCAAAAUUUGGAAUCUAGUACAAAUACGGAUUGGAAUAAGAAUACAGCCGACGUUACCAAAGAUGUUCUCCAGGACGUUCAAAGGAUACCAAUCGCCGUGAAUUCUAUAGAGUCGAUCUUGUGUGAGGCCAUCAAGUUGGAGUAUUCAGCGUUUUCUAGCUUCGGCGGUAACCAGAGCAGCAGAGAAUUGAAUGACGCCGAGAGAGCGAAAUUGAACGAGCUGAUAGUUGCCAACAAAGCGUUGUUGGCUCCGCUAGACGACGACAUAACGAAUUUGGUUGGCGAAGAGUGUAAAUUCAAGAAUAACUUCGGACAGUCCGAUCCAAUGUUGCUAGACGUGAUCAAUUUGACGGCGAUAGCGAUUAGGCGCUUGAUAAAAAUGUCUAAGAAAAUUAACGCCUUCAAGAAUAUGUGUCAAGAGGAUCAGCUGGCUCUGCUGAAAGGCGGCUGUACGGAAAUGAUGAUCCUAAGAUCGGCCAUCAAUUACGAUCCGGAUAAGGACAUGUGGAAGAUACCUCAUAGCCAAGAGAGCAUGUCGAAUAUCAAGGUUGACGUUCUGAAAGAAGCGAAGGGAAACUUGUACGCGGAGCACGCGAGAUUCGUCAGAACUUUCGAUCCCCGGUGGCGGGACGAGAACAUCAUUUUGAUCUUGAGCGCGAUCGCCUUGUUCACUCCCGACAGACCGAGAGUCGUGCACGGCGAUGUUAUUAAACUGGAGCAGAAUUCAUAUUAUUAUCUCCUCAGACGGUACCUGGAGAGUGUUUAUCCCGGCUGCGAAGCCAAGUCCACAUUCCUCAAGUUAAUACAGAAGAUUUCUGAGCUCCACAAACUGAACGACGAGGUCGUGGGAGUUUAUUUGAACGUCAAUCCAUCCAGUGUGGAGCCGCUGCUUAUAGAAAUAUUCGAUUUGAAGCACUGAUUAUUAGCUCGUAAAGUCAUUAAUUUCCACCGCGUGUAUAUAAUGGGGAAGUUAAACUAGUGCAUUCGUGCCGCAAUGUAUUCCUAGGGGUAUCCUUAAUCGAGGAAACCGCACGAUGGCUAUAUCGCCGAUCCGGAUAUUUAUAAAAAUAUGAUUAUUGUAAGUAAAAUUUCAACUGCAUUGCCUCCUUGUAUAAAUGAUAUCGUGUAGGAAUAUGUCUUUAAAUAUUUUCGAGCGCUGCAAUGAAGACUAUAUGUGUAAAAUAUCGAGAUAGUGUAACGUGAAAUCGAAACGUGCGCGCGGCCGCGCGUAAAAAUCAGGAGUUAAUUGCAUGUAGGUCAUAGACAUUGACACAAAUGGGGUAUCAAUGUCUGCCGUGAUUUAGUAGCUCUUGUCCACAAGUGGAACGGCAAGCGAUUUACGCGUCGAUCCGCGAUAAAAUUAAUGAGAUUAGGACACUAAUAAGGUGAGCGUGCCGUAAUAAAAAAAUAAACAAUAUUUUGCUUUGUAGCAAGCACAUAUUGUAUCGUUAAGUAUUUCGCGGAGUGUCUUUUGAGCUCGAUACUAAGAAUAAAUGUAUGUGCAAACAACGACAGCAUAAUAAUUCCUACAUGGCUGUUUUGAUCGUGUUUUUUCUCGAGAGAUAGUUAAAUAUGUAAUUAUAUACAUAUAUAUUUUUUAACACGUUAAAUUUUAAAUAAAUGUUAUUUAAUGCGACAAGGCCUGUGCUCAUAUAUUAUAAAUACAUAUAUAUAUAUUACAGAAUUAUAAUUGUGUCGUUAAAACAAUUUGUUUAAAAAAAACAAUGAAUUAUAAUUCAAACUCGACUAUUAUGAAUUGUGGUAGUUCAGCUUUAGUCUAAAUGUAAAUAAGAGAGAAAGGAAUAUUAUACUUGUAUGUGUGUUGCAAUGUACACGAGAUAAAUUGUGAUAUGUCCUGAUAUAAAUAUAUUUUUUAAAAAUA